AUGUCUGAACGAUCACCCGAUGCACAGCGGAUGCGUAUCCGUGAGCUUCUCCCAUACCUUCACCUCGGUGAUUUCGCCACUGGCCCGCUCAACUCCCUCACGGAUGUGCCAGGGGUUAAGGUCAAUACUCAGGAACUCUUCAGCGACGAUGGGACUGUCAAUACCGGCGUGACAUCCAUUCUUCCUCACGAGACCUUGUCCAAAGAAGCCUGUUAUGCUGGCACUUUCACCUUUAAUGGCUCUGGAGAGCUCACUGGCGCCCACAUGAUCACUGAUAUGGGGAUACUCUACUCACCUAUCAUCUUGACUGGGACACUCGAAAUUGGCGCAGCCCACCAGGGCAUCUUCAAACAUGCUAUCAAAGCUUCCAGCUCUGAAAAGGGAGAGAUGGGCUGGUUGAUGUUGCCUAUGGUAGGCGAGACCUGCGACGGGUAUUUACAUGACUGCACCACGUUCGCGGUCAAACCGGAGCAUAUCAUUACUGGACUGGAGAACGCAACUGCAGAAAGGGUCAGAGAGGGCAAUACGGGAGGCGGAACUGGUAUGGUAUGCCAUAGGUUCAAGGGCGGAACUGGCAGCAGUAGCCGGAUUGUUCCUCGCGGAGACAGCAAAGAAAGCAGUAAAGGAUAUACCAUCGCAGCCCUUGUACAGGCAAACCACGGUAAAAUGAAGGAUCUCCGCAUAGGUGGCGUACCAAUAGGCUGGCUACUUGAAGCAGAAGCUGCAAAGGACGAAGCUAGAAAGGCAGAUCUAGAGAGGCUUGCUAGGGUGAAAGACCGCAACGAUGGAAGUAUCCUUGUAAUCCUUGCUACUGAUGCACCGCUUCAUCCCUUACAGUUACAGCGCAUUGCGAAGCGUGCAACAGUUGGUUUGGCUCGUGUUGGAGGUCACGGCCAUAAUAUCUCAGGAGACAUAUUUCUUGCUUUCUCAACGGGAAAUUCUAUACCAGUUGAUAAAGAUGUUUUUGGACCAGGUUGUGGACCGACACCAUUGACUAUUCAAGUUAUCGAAGAUUCAACGAUCGAUAACCUCUUUGAUGCCACCGCAGACGUGACUGAAGAGGCCAUAUACAAUGCACUAUGUAUGGCUGAGACUAUGACCGGCUACCAAGGACGGACAGUUGAGGCAUUGCCGCUUGAUCGAGUCAAGGAAAUCAUGGACAAGUUUUACCAUCAAGUUUAA